GGAUGUGACGCAAGGCCCAGGCGUACCGGAGGCCUCGGAGAGAGCGCAGACUAGGCCCCGUCCGAGGUCCGGCAGUCAGUGACAGAGCCAGGCGCCCGCGGCCCGAACGCCCCCAGCAGCACCAUGCCCGCGCUCCUGGAGCGCCCCAAGCUUUCCAACGCCAUGGCCAGGGCUCUUCACCGGCACAUCAUGAUGGAGCGGGAGCGCAAGCGGCAGGAGGAAGAAGAGGUGGACAAGAUGAUGGAACAGAAGAUGAAGGAAGAGCAAGAGAGAAGGAAGAAAAAGGAGAUGGAAGAGAGAAUGUCACUAGAGGAGACCAAGGAACAAAUUCUAAAGUUGCAGGAGAAGCUUUUGGCCCUACAAGAAGAGAAGCACCAGCUUUUCCUGCAGCUCAAGAAAGUUUUACAUGAGGAAGAAAAACGGAGGCGAAAGGAGCAGAGUGACCUAACCACUCUGACAUCAGCUGCGUAUCAGCAGGGCCUGACUGUUCACACAGGAACUCAUCUCCUCAGCAUGCAGGGGAGCCCUGGAGGACACAAUCGCCCAGGCACCCUCAUGGCGGCCGACAGAGCCAAACAGAUGUUUGGACCCCAAGUGCUUACGACCCGGCACUACGUGGGCUCAGCAGCUGCUUUUGCAGGGACGCCAGAGCAUGGGCAAUUCCAAGGCAGCCCAGGUGGUGCCUAUGGGACUGCUCAGCCCCCACCUCACUAUGGGCCCACCCAGCCAGCCUAUAGUCCUAGUCAGCAGCUCAGAGCACCUUCAGCGUUUCCUGCAGUGCAGUACCUAUCUCAGCCACAGCCACAGCCCUAUGCCGUGCACGGCCACUUUCAACCCACCCAGACAGGGUUCCUUCAGCCUGGUGGUGCCCUGUCCUUGCAAAAGCAGAUGGAACACGCUAACCAGCAGACUGGCUUCUCUGACUCAUCUUCCCUGCGCCCCAUGCACCCCCAAGCUCUGCAUCCAGCCCCGGGACUGCUUGCUUCCCCCCAGCUCCCUGUGCAGAUGCAACCAGCAGGAAAGUCGGGCUUUGCAGCUACCAGCCAACCUGGCCCUCGGCUCCCUUUCAUCCAACACAGCCAGAACCCGCGAUUUUACCACAAGUGACCAUCAGAUUCUAUCAUCAACCUCAUGCACCCACCCCACCACGGGUAGGGGUCACCCCAGGUGUGUCCCAGGCCAAUAAAGUCUACCUGCCACUG